GAAAGUUCCAGGCGGAGUUGCCGAAACAGAAAGUGUUCAGAAUGGUAUCGAUUUGGCCGGUGGCGCUCGCGUGUGCCCUAGUGGUGCUCUGCUCCGCGCAUCAAAUUCAGGCGGCCUCACCACGAUGGGAACCACAGAUUUCGGUGCUGUGCGAAGCCGGCCAGACAUAUCACCCGCAGUACCUGUCCGAGGAGGGCCGAUGGACUACGGACCUGAGCGUGAAGGUGCCCGGCUCGACCUGCCUUCGCGACAAGAUGGAUCUGCUGGACUACUGCAAGAAGGUCUACCCGGGACGGGACAUUACGAACAUCGUGGAAUCAUCGCACUACCAGAAGAUCGGCGGCUGGUGCCGGCUCGGUGCACUGAACGCAGCCAAGUGCAAAGGCGCCCAGCGAUGGAUUAAACCGUUCCGCUGUCUCGAGGGACCGUUCCAGUCGGAUGCGCUGCUCGUCCCGGAAGGCUGCCUGUUCGAUCACAUCCACAACGCGUCCCGCUGCUGGCCGUUCAUCAGGUGGAACCAGACGGGGGCGGCCGCCUGCCAGGAUCGCAACAUGCAGAUGCGCAGCUUCGCCAUGCUCCUGCCCUGCGGCAUCUCGCUCUUCUCCGGCGUCGAGUUCGUCUGCUGUCCGAAGCACUUCAAAGUGCCGAUGAAGGUGAAGAAGACGGAUCUGCCAGUGCUGCCGCAGGACACCGAUAUGUUGCCACCGCUCGACGAUGGGUCCGACGGUUCGGUCUCGUCGGACAACAACUCCGAGGACGAAGAAGAUGACGACGAUAUCGACGAUGAGGAAGACGAAGAGAUGAUGGGCGAUGAACCGAUCGAGAGCGAUGACGACGAGUACGAUUCCGAGGAGGACUUUGACAGUGGCAGCGAUAAGCCAUCGGACGCCGGGUCGGCCGACACUGGGUCGGCGGCCUGGGACAGUUUCACAACGCCGCCACCACCGAAGGACUCGAAGAAACAGGACAUCGGUGGUCCGAUCGGUGGCAGCGUGUUGUACGGUGGUGGAUUGCCCAGUACGACCGAGAAGGGGUCGGCUGCUGACCUGAUAACUACACCCAUCACCGCCAUCCCGACGCCGGACCCGUACUUUACGCACUUCGAUCCGCGCAACGAGCACCAGAGCUUCAAGAAUUUGCACGCCGAAUUUCAGGAAGCCCAACAGCGGCUCGAGGAAAGCCACCGCGAGAAGGUGACCCGCGUCAUGAAGGACUGGUCCGAUCUGGAGGAGAAGUACCAGGACAUGCGGCUGGCCGACCCGAAAUCGGCGCAAACGUUCAAGCAGCGUAUGACGGCCCGCUUCCAGACUUCUGUGCAGGCACUGGAAGAGGAAGGCAACUCCGAGAAGCACCAGCUGGCGGCCAUGCACCAGCAGCGCGUCCUUGCCCACAUCAACCAGCGCAAACGGGAGGCGAUGACGUGCUACACGCAGGCCCUCACCGAGCAACCACCGAGCUCGCAUCGCGUGGAGAAGUGUUUGCAGAAGCUGCUACGUGCCCUGCACAAGGAUCGUGCCCAUGCCCUAUCGCACUAUCGCCAUCUGCUGGGCUCGGGCGGCACCGGCGGGCUGGAGGCGGCGGCCUCCGAGCGUCCCCGUACCCUGGAGCGGCUCGUUGACAUUGACCGGGCCGUCAACCAGUCGAUGGCGAUGCUGAAGCGCUACCCGGAGCUGUCGGUGAAGCUGUCGCAGCUGAUGGACGACUACAUCCAGGCGCUGCGCUCCAAGGACGAAACGCCCGGUUCGAUGCUGGCCAUGACCGAGGAAGCGGAGGCCACCAUCCUCGACAAGUACCGUGCCGAGAUCGAGCGUAAGGUCAGCGAGAAGGAGCGCCAGCGGUUGGCCGAGAAGCAGCGCAAGGAGCAGCGAGCGCAGGAGCGCGAGAAGAUCCGCGAAGAGAAGCUGCGCCUGGAGGCGAAGAAAAUGGAGGCCGCCUACAAGCAGCAGCAGCAGCAGCAACAGCAGCAGGCUCAACAGCAACAACAGCAACAGCAACAGCAGCAACAACAGCAGCUGCAACAGCAGCAGCAGCAGCAGAUGCAGAUGCAACAAGCGCAGCAACAGCAGUCCAUACAAACCCAGCAGCCAUCGCUGUCGGAGCAACCGCAAACUCAGAAACAGUCGGACGUGGACGUGCAAAAGGAAACCGACACCACGAAGGAUUACAGCGAGGAUGUGGUCAUCACAAGCCCACAGCCGACGGCACUGCCGACCGUCGACGACGAAGCCGUACAGCGGGCCGUGGAGGAGGUGGCCGCAGCAGUCGCACACCAGGAGGCGGAGCCAAAGAUGCAGCACGUGCUCGCCCACGAUAUCGGCCACGGUGAACCGAGCUACUCGGUGCGACGUGAAGUGUACAGCUCACGUGACAGCAAGAACGUCUACUUCACGGUAGGAUUCGCCGGCGUCGCUCUGAUGGCGGCCGUCUUCGUCGGUGUGGCCGUGGCCAAGUGGAAAGCCUCCCGAUCGCCGCACGCUCAAGGCUUUGUCGAGGUUGAUCAGGCUGUCGGAGCACCGGUCACCCCGGAAGAGCGACACGUGGCGAACAUGCAGAUCAACGGGUACGAAAAUCCAACCUACAAGUACUUCGAAAUUAAGGAAUAAAGUGUGACACCGUCACGUCGUUACACGUGGGAAGCUAAAGCGCAGCCGGGAAGCGCCCGGUAGGUGAACAUCCUGGUGAGACAAGAGCAGCAGCAGCAGCAGACAGCGAAAGACAAAACAGAACACGUAUUAGAAAUCAGCGGUAGGCGCGCGAACCAAGCGAACAACCAAACUACUGUGCGUAGUAGUACCGCGGACACACAGAGUUAGACAGCCGGCAGAAGAGCGUACUAAAAAUCGGCUGGCUGGUCGGUACCACAAAAACUAACACAACCAACCGAACCAACCAACCAAAGUUCCAGGAAGUACCGUUGUACCCCGUGCGGGAGAGCGCGCGCCCAGCGGGUGGCAAACAUUUUGACAAACGGACACAGCUAAAUACGGCCAUUUUUUGUAUCCCCCCCCAAGCGCCGACGAGGCGAGUAUAAACAAACUCUGCUUGUACUAAAAACCAAGCUACAGCAACGGAACGGAGCGUAGAAUUGAGUAUCAA